AUGAAAGGGUUUCUUUGGUCAAGGAAAUCUUCAACUUCAUCUAAUUCUAAAAAUGAAAACAUUUCAAACAAUAAAAACGUCAACACUAUCAAAAACAAAGAACAUAGAAAAUAUUCUAGUCAGUUGAGCCAACAACAACACAUAUUGGAACUCUCCAAAAAUAAAACAAGAUCAUCCUCAUCAACCUCUUUAUCUACUUUAACUCAAAACAGUUUGUCAAAUAUUUUGCCAAAUAAAUCUAAUAGUAAUCAUCAUCAUUCUGAAUCAGUAGAAAAUCUUCCAUCCUACAACUCUAAACAAUCUCAUUCUCAACCUCAUUCUCAAUCUCAUUCCCAUUUGCAUCAACAAAGCCGUAAAAGUUCUAUCAUUUCAAAGGAAUCCUAUUUAAGAAACAGUUCAAGCCAACCGGUAGUGUCUCUCAAUACUAAAAACAACUCAUUAUUCAGUUUUAAAAACCAUUCUACUAUUAGUGUUGUGUCUCGAGGAAGUACUCACCAUUUAUUACCUAAAAACGAUGAUACUAACUCAGUUUUACUCUAUGAAACAGUCAACAACCAUAAUAACAGCAACAUCAUAAACCCUGGAAUUGAUCAGGACAUUAACAACGCAAAAUCAACAAAUAAUAUUGAUACAGAUCCAGAUCUUUUAAACUCUACCUCUUUGAAAAACAAUGACAAGCCUGCAAAUAUUACAAUACGUUUGAACAAUAAAACUUAUGAUUCCACCAUCUUUAAGUCUGAUUGGAUUAAUAAAUCUCACGGCCAGAUUACUAUUAAUAACCCCAACUACCAUAAUCAAAGUGGAGCGUCUGCAAUGUCCCCUUCCUCUUCAGGGUCCUUAAAUACGGAUAAGCAUUCUUCCAAGAGAGAAAGUAGAUUCUUUAGUAAUUAUAGCCACAAUAAUAACAGUAGUUCUAAAGAAUUACUAAUAUCCGGUCCUCAUAAUAUUACUGAUGAAAAUGACUCAUCUAUACAACGUCCUGAAUCAUAUAAUAACAAUAAUAAAAAUCAUUUCCAUUCACAAUCACAAUCUCAACAAAUUAUUAUACCUGAUUAUAGACUUUAUAGAGCUCAACUAAAAGGUUCUGUGUUUUCUUUAUACAAGAAUGGUGUCAAUAAUAACAUCAAAUGUUUUGAUCCAAAUCUACCACCUGAAAAUAAUAAUGUUACAAACAACGAUACUAUUGAUAGGUCCACAAUACUGUCUACCGAAUCUUUACCAAGUAUGAACACUAAAAAUAAAAAUAAUAGCAAAAGAGCCACUAUUGCAGGGUCUUUAUCAUCAGUACAAAACUCCAGCACAACCACAAUAGAUGAUAAGAUAACUAACAGUUCCAGUGAUGCUACAACUAAUUGUAAAAUAAAAUAUUUAAAUGAUAAAUUUCCCCAUCCUGAUUUAAUAAUAGACCCUCAUACCGAUAAAAUUAUUGAUGGUUCUUUGGAGAGUUUAUGCCACACAAUUCUUUUCCAUUCUCACACUGACAAUAUCUCAGAAACCUCCCAUUUAACCAAUUUACAACCAUCAGGUAUUGAUAUAUCCAAUCUUUUAUUAAUAUUACCGUUAAUCAAUGAUUUUAUUAAAUUUUUGACUGUUUUUAACCAAUUUGGACUGACUUUCACGAAGAAUAAUUCUAAAAUCGCUUUAAAUUCAACUCAGUAUUUUCAUAUUUCUAAACAAAAAGAUGCUUUAUUAACAGAUCGAUUAGCAUUAGUGGUAAAAACUGUGUUAAAUACAUUCCCAGGAUUUUUAUUAAGUGACGAAAUAUUUCAGGCAACGAUUACACUAUUAGAUACAAUCUCAUUACAUAAUGAUGAGAUUUCAAAUAGUUUAAAAAUAGCUGUUGCAAACAAAUAUAAUGAACUAAAUAAGUUAACAUAUUUCAUAAGACCAAAUUCUUCAGAUAAAUCUGGGAACCUACUAAAAAUUAAUCCGAAGUUAUUAGAUGAACUAUUAGAUAUCAAUAAAUUUUUAUCCCUGGAUACUAAAACAUUUGCCAAUAAUAUCCAUUUAAUUAAUUUAAAAUUUGAUAAAGUGUGGGCUCCUAGACUAGAUUACUUGCUAUUAUACUCUUCUAAAUAUAUUGACAUGGAUAUCACUAUACUUAAUCCCUUAGUAUUCAACAACUCAGAGAAUGUUCAUUUCUUAGGGAGACUAUUGAUAUGCCAUCUAUUCCCAUCUCAUAAGACUACCCUAGAGGCACAGUCGAAUACCAGUGCCCACCGCAAUUUUAUAUCUGACGCUAGAACUAGAGCUAAAGUACUUAUAAAAUGGGUUCAAUUAGGUUGUAGACUAGAACAGUUGGGUGAUAUGGUUUCGUGGUUAACAAUUGCCACAAUUGUUUGUUCUAUUCCAAUACUAAGGCUAUCUCAAUCCUGGCAAUAUGUACCAGAAUCUAUUUUAAAAAUUAUAUUUAAAGAUUGGGUUCCCACAAUUGUCCAACUAGACAGAAGACAAAUGUCAUCUAAAUCCACUAGUAGUGUUUUUAUUUUAGCUCCUCCAAAUUUAGAAGAACCUUAUAUUCGAGAAAACGUAAUAUCAUAUUUUGGUGACUUGAUAGUUAUUGCGGAUGAUUUACCAAACAAUUCUGCUUUGAAAUAUCUUGAAAAGAAGGUAAAUAGGACAAAAAAUGCCUUCCACAAAUGGCAACAAAGAUUAGAAACUAUUGAUAAGGAAAUUGCAAAAAAGGGUAUUUCUAUUAAUAAAAAUUCUGAGGUGAAAGAAAACGAUCCUUCAACAGAUCCAUUAUACCAGUUCUGGAAGUACCAUACAUCACAGCCCAAAUUGAAUAUUACUAAGAUAAUGCAAAUCAGUUUAGAGUAUGAACCACCAUUAGUAAAUCAAGAAUUCUACUCCAUUAUUGGCUCUCAGAGAAGUUCCCUAUUAACAGGAAGCUACCUUCCCAUAGUCUUUAAUGAACUUCUGCCUAAUUAUACACUAUUUCCAAGAAAAUCUUUAGUCGAGGCAGCAGGAAAUUUACUACCGAAUAACAACAACCUCAAACUACCACCGCCAAGAUCAUCUGCAAGGAUAUCCAAAGCCCUUGUGCUUAGUGAAGCAAAAAUACCAGAACAAAUCAUAAAACUCGAUUUUGAGUCCAAUCCAAUUACUGGUGUUGAGAAUAUUGAGGGUCCACUAAUAAAAGAAUUAAUGUCUACACCUUCAACAAAACACCUUUUGAUGAAAUCCAUUAGAGAUAUGUUCAAUAUCAAUAUGGACAUGUUUCAUAUUUCCAAUGAUCUGGUUUUUAAGACCAGUGUAGACACAAUAGAAGAUUUACAUAGACCCUCCAGCGUUUUUAUUGAAUCACCUAAAAGAUUUUCCCAACAUUCUCUCAAAUUAAAUUCUCGUGAUUCAGUAGACACCACAGGUCGUUUGAGUAAAACAUUGGAAAAUUUAGAUUUCUUCAAAGAUUCUUCCAAUUCGUCUGACAUUUUAGACACCUCAGCUAUUGAUGUUGUUGUCAAAUCUGCAUCUUUAGAAAAAUUAUACGAUCUGUUAGUACUAACAGCUGGAAGUUUUUCAAAAUUAAUCGAUACUAAAGAUUUAGAGAAUUAUUGUUAUCACCGUCAGAAUUCAUCUACUUCAAAGAACACUGUUGGUCUAUUAGAUUUUGCAUUAGCAAAACUUUCUAUGGAUAACGACACUUUUAGAGAAACAUUUUUUAACACAUACAAAAGCUUUACAACUACUUUAAAUGUUUUGGAGAAUCUUGCCAAACGGUUUGUAGGUGCUAAAAGUUGUGCAAUGAAUAUUUGCAAUGUAAUUGAUUCUGACACAGUGCCUGCUGAUUCUGAUAUCCAAUUUCCUGUUUGGGAUGCUGAUGUCCCUGAAGAUAGCAAUACCAAUGAAAAAUACAUAAUUAAAAUUCAAAUUGGUACAGCAGAAGCUCUCCUUCAUCUGAUCUCUAAUCAUUACACAGAUUUCACUGAUAACAUUGAAUGUCAUACUACUGUCCUUGAUAUAUUAAAAAUUAUGGAACAGGAGAUUAUUAUAGAAUGGCCAAAACGACUCAAAGUUGCUAAUAAAAACACUAAUACCAACACAAAAGACGCUCAUAAUUUAACUUUACUUUUGGAAGAACUUACUAGUUUAUUUAAUAAUAUUAAAUCUCAUUAUCAAAAACAACUUUAUAGACCAGUUGGAAUUAGUAAGAUGAAAAAGAAAAUUAUAGAACAAUUGUCUAGUUUUAGAAAUUUGACAUUUAGUGAAUUUUCUAAUAUGCUUAAUGAAAAAUACCCAAUGGAUAGCUUGACUACUGACUUCAAGUCUAUGAAUUACAGAGACUAUUCUAGUAUUUAUAAUUGGGUUUGUAAACUGGACAAAAUAUUUACUGAUGCAUUUACCUUGACUACUAAACAAGAUUGGAUAGCAACAUAUGAAUAUUUAGAGCUACUUUCCAAGGAGUCAUUAAUAUCCUUUUUUCAAUACCCACUUCAUAGCAUUUCUAAACGCUUAAUUAAUACCGGCUCAUCACAGUUAAAGGAAAUGCAAAUAUCUAACAUAUUCUUAUGGUUAUCUACAAUAUCAAAUGUCAAUAACCAGUCUAUCUUUUCAGGCUUAGCCUCAUCACUUCAACUACUAUUUAUCAUCCAUCAGUCGUUAACAUCAUUUUUUCUUGCUGAAAUAACUGAUGUUCAUAAACAACAUGAGGAUCGUAUUAAUACUUGCGCUUUGAUUCUACAAAUCCUAAAUUAUGUUAGAUGGAAGAACAACGCCUUAGAUUUGUUUAAUCUAGAAAAUAACAAUGAUAUAUCUCCACAUAUUCCAUCCUUUAUUGAAUCUGCAAUUUGCAACAGUAUUGUAAGCGUAGAGUCAAGAUUUUUUGAGUACGCUUGGUCAUUAGCAGGAUCAAAACUUAUGCCAGAAAAUAAUAGAAACCAAGGGAGAUCAAUUAAAAAUAUAAUUGAAAAUAUUGAUCCAGUUCAUAUUAGAAAUUUUCUAGAGAUCGACAAUAUUUACACAGAUAAAAAUUCAAAAAAUUUGUGCCCCUGUCCUGGAUGGUUUAUUUGUAGAUUACUUGAUAUAUCUCAGUAUGUUCCUAAUAUGGAUACAAGCAAUUCUAAAUUGAUUAAUUUCGAUAAGAGACGUUUUGUAAAUAACAUCGUAUCCAAUGUUUUCAGUUUGAUCCCCAAUAGCUCUAAAAUAGAGUUGUAUAAUAAUCUUGACACCUUUAGAACUGGAUGGGCGAAAAUUUUAUUUAACAAAAUUGAACCACCAUCUAGUAAUCUGAAAAAAAAAGCAUACAAUAUAUCAUUAGACAAGUCUAAAGCAAUAAAAUUUCAAGAAUCUGGACUUUUCAAUGGUAUUAUUGGUGAUGAAGUUGAUAAAAUAAGAAGAGAAGAAAGAAAAUUAGAGCUAUUAAAGGAACAGGAAAAAUAUUCCAAGGUGAGUGAAAAUAUUACAAUAAACUCUAAAUAUGCAGAAAAAGAUGCUGUUACCUCCAAUCAUUUAUCCUUAAAUUCAUCCAUGACUACCUUAAACCCCUCCUACAUGUCCAAUUCAUCAGGAAACAAGAAUAAGCGGAAUUCAGUUGCCCCAACAUCAAGAAACCAUUCAACUGUUACCCAUUCCAGUGGUAGUGUCAGCAAGAAAAUUGGAGGAUUUUUCAGAAGACCUUUUUCCAUCGCAGGUUUCAAUACAUCUACUUCUAAUUAUUCAUUGAAUAAUUCCUUAGUACCUGAUGGGACAGCAAGAAAAGUUAUUCAACCUGAUUUAUUGCCUGAUAUAGAGGACAAUGAAUUAGAAGGUUUGAAACCAGUCCUAACAUUGAAAACAUUUGAAAUCAAAAAUAUUAUGGAAGUUAUUAAUCACAAAAAUAAUAUGGCUUAUAUUCAUUCCUUCAAAAUUGUCAUGCAAGAUGGUGAUGAAUACAUGAUUCAGGCUAAAGACGCUCGUGAAUUGAAAGAAUGGAUUAGAAUGUUAAAUUUAUCGAAAAGAUAUUCAUUUUAUUCUGAAAAAUUCAAAGGCAAAACACACAACAAGGUAUUUGGUGUUCCAUUAGAAUGCAUAUGUGAACGUGAAGGCACAUUAGUACCUACUAUAGUAAUGAAAUUGUUAGAAGAAAUUGAAUUACGUGGGCUGGAUGAAGUAGGGUUAUAUAGAAUUCCAGGUUCAGUUGGUAGUAUUAAUGCCUUAAAGAAUGCAUUCGAUGAAGAGGGUGCUGUUAAUACCAGUUUUACAUUAGAAGAUGAUAGAUGGUUUGAAAUCAAUGCAAUAGCAGGAUGUUUUAAAAUGUAUUUAAGAGAAUUACCGGAUUCUCUAUUUUCUAAUAAAAUAGAAGAAUUUGCAAAUUUAGUAUUAAAUUAUAAAUCAAAUAAUCCAUCGUAUGAGACUUAUAAAACAGAUGUUAGUAAUUUAUUAUUGAAAUUACCUGCAUGUUAUUAUCACACGAUGAAGAGAAUAGUUUUACAUUUAAAUAAGGUUCAUCAGCAUGUAGAAAAUAAUCGUAUGGACGCUUCAAACUUAGCCAUUGUGUUUUCAAUGAGUUUUAUCGACCAAGACGAUUUAGCACGUUGUAUGGGCGCAACUCUUGGCGCUAUCCAGACAAUAUUACAACAAUUUAUCAAAAGUCCUCAAGAUUUUUUCAUAUAA